AGGCAAGUUAAAAUGUGGUCACGUGACCAGUUUGAACUCGGGCUUGACUGUCUAUGAAGGAAUAUUGAACAUUCAAGGCAUUCCAUUUGUUUCUGACAGGCGAAACCACUAAUCCCCCGGUUCAGGGCUCUCCCGUAACGCGCACGCGACGCAAGCGACCGUCUCUCUAACAGAGCAGGUUUGGCGUACCGGUGGGCAGCAGCAGCAGCAGCAGCAGCAGCAGCAACAACACGAUGGCCGUGAACGUGUACAGCACAAACGUGACGACGGACAACAUCAGUCGGCACGAGAUGCUCAACUGGAUCAACGACUGCCUGCAGACGAAUCUCGCCAAGAUCGAAGAGCUGUGUAACGGUGCCAUAUACUGCCAGUUCAUGGACAUGCUAUUCCCAGGCUCAAUUAAUCUGAAGAAAUGUAAAUUUAAUACAAAGUUGGAGCACGAAUGCAUAGCGAAUUUCAAACUGCUACAAGCGUCCUUCAAGAAAAUGACCAUCGAUAAGAUCAUCCCAGUAGAGAGGCUCGUCAAGGGACGGUUUCAGGACAACUUUGAAUUUGUGCAGUGGUUCAAAAAGCUGUUCGACGCGAACUACGACGGACACGAGUACGAUGCGGUGAACGCGCGCGCCACAGGGGGCAGCACCGGAGGCUCGAUGGAGCAGCUGCGGCGACCUGCGCCGACGCGCACGGCGCCGCCGCCUCGCCCCGUCGGCAAGGCUGCUCCGCGAACAAACGCGACGCCGAAGCAGCGUCCCGGUGCCCGGCCACCAGGUGGCGUGGCGAACAACGCACAGCUUGAAGAGGUUACAAAUCAAGUGCAGCGGCCAAUGAGGAGGCUGCGUUCCGCACCUUCCCUCGUGCAGAAGCCUACCGACACAGCAGAGUUAUCAGAACUGAAGCUGUCUGUGGAAGGCUUGGAGAAGGAGAGAGACUUCUAUUUUGGGAAACUGCGGGACAUUGAGGUGUUGUGCCAGGAGGUCGAGGCCGAUAACUUGCCUGUCAUCAAGAGCAUAAUGGAGAUACUUUAUGCCACCGAGGAGGGGUUCGCACCACCAGAAGAGGGAGAGGAGGGAUAUGAGAUGCCACCAGAGGGCGAGCCCGAGGAGUUCUAGAAUGCGUCGCUGCACCCGGCCUCCUCACGUAGAUCGCCGCCCGAUACACAUCCGAUCGUAAUCUGCAUUUCUCUGCUGCGCUAGCCCGUCUACGAUCGCGCUUCACUCGUCUGCCACACGUUUCUCUCUCUCAUCUUCGCGCGCAGCGUUUAAACCCCGGUUUGCCACUGCCUUGUGAUGCGCGCGUGUUGUCGUAGCGACGGCGGAACCCACGAAUGCAAAUCCUCGGUCGCGUGUGUCGCUUCGUGCCGUGUCGCAAUCUCUGCUGCUUCGUGGCACCUGCUGGUUGUGUGUGCGUGCUGUGAGCUGUGUGUGUGCGUGCGUGCGUGUGUGUGUGUGUGUGUGCGUGUCAUCUGUGAGUGCAUACACGUGUGGUGUGUGUCUAUUUGCGUGUGUGUGAGAUAUGAAGAUCUAUCAAAUGAAUUGAAUGCUGGCCCCGUUGUAACACCUGCGAGCGUUGGACACCAUAGGUUGCUUCGUAACGAAAUCCUAUUUGAUCGCGUUCGUUAGAUGUAAUUGAUCGGCUGUUACUUUACCCUUUUUCGUGAGGUGGAGUUUUGAAUCUUGUUUUCCCCUGAAUCGCCACCGCGUCAAUGAAUUCAUUGUUUGUUUGUCUGAUUAUCUGUACAAACUCAUGAGUUUACCUUACUUUCCCCUUAAUUCUGUUAAGUCACUUGCUUGUUUGUAUUAUGUUCGUAAAUAAUGCAUGCCAUGUGGCGUAACAUGCCAUGAUGUGACGAGACAUGCCAUGAUGUGACGAGACACGCCAUGAUGUGAAGUGACACGCCAUGAUGUGAAGUGACACGCCAUGAUGUGAAGUGACACGCCAUGAUGUGAAGUGACACGCCAUGACGUGAAGUGACACGCCAUGAUGUGACGAGACACGCCAUGAUGUGAAGUGACACGCCAUGAUGUGAAGUGACACACCAUGAUGUGAAGUGACACGCCAUGAUGUGACCCGAUGUGAAGUUUGCGGUGGCAACUGUUCUACCUUUCUCCGUGUGACUGGACGUUAAAUUUUCCUAGCACCGUCGGUACUUUUAGGUUGUAUUUAUGUGGUGAAGCGUCAAUGCCUUGAUCGGUUGUUAAGUGUGUUCCCGUGAGCUCAAAAAGCCGGUGCCACCUUUUGCACGCCAGUUAACGUUUAUGUAUAUAGCGAUCUAGCGGGAGCGACCGUAUGUUGCCGGGUCGUUAGAGGGAACGUGCCGCGAAUGCUCAUUUCGCCCGCCGAUGUACGCCGGCGUUUCCAAGCAAGGGCAUCAAGAGCCGGCGAUGUUGAGUUUUGGACGACGUGGUUGCGAUCCACUACUCGUGGUUUAGGUUUCACUCUGUGAUGGUUUUGAUGCGGUCCUGGACUUGCGAGCGAGGGCGUGUCGGAAAGAUACGAAUGUUCUUAGAGAGUCUCGUGCGUCGCUACAUCAAACAGCCUACCUAACAGCUCAUCGUCGUCGUCGUCAUUGCUGUUGGUGAAACUAAUUUACAGCUAAGCCUAAUAGACAGGCACUCUUCUAUAAAGGCGUUUGAGAUCACUACAGAUCGAUACACUACAAGAGAUAGUUCUCACUCGUAUGUUUCUACUAUGCUGAUCUAUUGCUAUGCGUAGAUGGGCUGUUUGAUGUGGCAAUGUUUAUGGCUUCAAAAGGGCAAGUUAUAUAACACUAUGCUUAAUACUCGGAAUCGUUGUCCAACUGCGCGCUGGUUUGAUUCUCGUAUGCGAUAUGCAUGCAGAGAGCAUACAGCGCGUCGUGCUUGUCUAUAAAACGGUCGGAACUGUCGAUAUUACUGGUUGAAUGCAUUGCCCGAUUGUUCGUAAUAAAAGAGCAGGUUACCACUCUAAUGAUGAUGCA